UUUUUUUUUCUUCUCGUCUGGAAAAAAAAAAUUUAACCGAAAAGUCAAAAGUAAGCAGUCUUGGAACCAUCUGAUCCUGACAACCUUCUUAAGGACAAUCUACUAAAAAAAUAACCUAACGUUAAAGCUGAGGUUAAAAUCAAACAUUAAUCGCAAAUAAAAAUGUUCUGUUUUCUUGAUUCAAUACCAGUAGUGGGGCAUGUUAAAGCUGGUGUCCACUAUGCGGUUGGAGAUGACGCAGGGGGUCGGAACGCUAUGGUGCAAGCCACGAGGUCCACAGCUGUACUAACUGGCGGCGCUGUGGGCGCUGUGAUAGGAGGUCCCAUCGGCAUGGUGACGGGUGCAGCGUUGGUCGUAGCCGCUGCUGAUUCUGUGACCUCUGACGAUAUCCAUGCGCCGUGGGGAUUCGAUGCAGGUGUUGCUGGUCAUCCCACUAGUAGUGUUACUGAAAUCAAAAGGUCAGCGAAAACAGGAAUGGACCAAACAUCGAUGGAGAAAACAGGAAUGGUCCAAACAUCGAUGGAGAAAACAGAAAUGGUCCAAAAAUCGUUGGUGAAAACAAGAAUGGUCCAAGCAUCGAUAGUGAAAACAAGAAUGGUCCGAAAAUCAACAGUAAAUACUGUGUGAUGAGGCGAAAAUAGGUUUUCGGGAUUCGUAGGUACCCGAAAGGCUUAUUUCAUUAUUUUUACUUUUAAUUUGGUGUUUAUAUUUUAAUUACAAAAAAAAUAAUUAUUUGCAAAAAAAAAAAUUGCCUCAAUAGCUCAACGGUUCUAAGGAGCGGACUGAAUUCCGAAA